AUGUCGUUCAGAAUUAACUACAUGUUCUACAGAAACAGUUCAAGAGAGAAGAAAAAGAGAGAGAAGAAGAAUCCAAGAAAGAAAGUAGAGUCUUCUUUUAGACCAAAACCAGUUCUAGAAUCUUCAUUACACAGUUCUUGUUAUGUGGGAUCUGUCAGUGCUUCUAGCCUGAAGGAUGAUAAGCUGUAUCUUGGGAGGGAGUUUGUGACUGCAAAUGGUCUAAACAAAGGAUGCAGUGAGAUAGUUUUAAAGAAUGAACGUGGAGGAACAUGGACUCUACCUUUGAAACAUUACAAAUCAAUCAAUCAUACUUAUCUAGGACCAGGCUGGACCACAUUCUGUCAAGUAAACGGGAUCAAAGCUGAAGAUUCCUUCAUGUUUAAACUGGUUAGAACCGGGGACAAGCCUGUUCUUUGUCUGUGCCCUGAAGAUAGUGAUGAUCUCUCCUCUAGUACUAGCAGCGGAGACAAGAGUAGCAAGUCACAAGAAAGUAAAGAGGAGAGUCUUGGAGACAAGAGAGCUUCUUCUUCUUAUAGUCAAGACCGAUUUGUGACACUAACUCUUACAGCAAAAGCUGUUAAACACUAUCAACUGUUUCUUCCGAUGGGUUUCAUGAAAAGGAAUGGGAUCAACAAGCCAGGGAAGAUAACUCUGUUGGGUCAAGAUGGAGUAAGACGAGUGGUGGCUCUUUCACAGAACAAAAGACAUGGAAAAAUGCAGAUUGGAAAAGGUUGGAGAGUGUUCCGUGAUGCUCAUGGUGUAAAGAUAGGACAGCCCUUUGUGCUGGAACUUAUUUGGGAGGACCAAGCAAGCCCUGUGCUUAAGUUCUGCACCAACCUUAACCCCAGAGAAGGCUCCUGUGAUCAAUGGACUAAUGCAUUGGGACCAAGUUUCUGUGAGAUUCAGUAUACAUCAUCUCACAACACCAAUGAUGAUGAUAGUCAUGAUCAGACCAACGACAUUAAUGAGUCUUCUUCUUCAUCAGACCAUUCUCGUUUUGUAGGAAGAUCAUGGAGUUUGAAACUAAAACACGACAAGGAAGACAUGCAUACUUUUAUCAGAAAAGGUUGGAGAAGAUUCUGCGCUGAAAAUGGGAUGAACCAUGGUCACUAUACAUUGAAACUGUAUCUUGGGAGGGAGUUUGUGAGUGCAAAUGGUCUGGAUAGAGGAUGUAGUGAGAUAGUUUUAAAGAAUGAAUGGGGGAGGAAGAUGGAGUUUAGCUUGGAGACGAUAUGA